CUUAGCUAUUCAAAUUUCACAUCAUGGGAAGAAUUUCAGUAUAAAAGGGCAUGCACCGAUAGAAAUUUUCAGACCAAUGUACCGCUCAUACACGUUUGAAUUCGAAGCAAUUGGGAGUUCACCGACAGACAUCACAUUAUUCACCCAAAAAAGCAUUUACUGGACCAACAGUCCAAGAAUGAUGAAGUUUCUUCUACUGCUUGUAGCAAUAUGCGCUGUGGUUUUAGCCCAAAAACCUAAAAAGGAAGUAAUAAAGCCAAAGCUGCCAACAGUCGACACUCGUGCCGGGGCAAAACCACCAAAUGGGAUCGGUGCUCAAAUUGUUGGAGGAACAAACGUUGUUCUCGGACAGAUUCCUUACCAGGCAUUCAUUUUGGGAGAUGGUACAAACUUAUGUGGUGGUACUCUGAUCAGCAAUACUUACGUUGUGACCUCUGCGGCCUGCGUUUCUGGUCGCACAAGCUUCAAAGUGUGCGUGGGUACAUUGGACUGGACAAACCCUUCCAGUACCACGGGCAGCCAGUGUUUCACCUCCCAGAGUGCAAUUGUGUUCCCAGGUUACAACCCAUCAACCGCAGAAAACAACAUAGGCCUCAUCAAGCUGCCCUCGGCAGUUCAAACGAGCAACACAAUCAAAGUGGCUCGUCUGCCAAAACUCUCUGACCUUGUAAACGGCGUGACGUACGCUGCACAACAGGCUACCGCUUCAGGCUGGGGAAAAACUUCGGACACAAGUGGUGCAAGUCAAUUCCUGAAGUUCGCACAGAUGCCAGUGAUUACCAAUUCUGUGUGUACCAGUUACAAAUAUUACACCCCCACCAUUAACUCUCAAUUGUGCACAAGUGGUACUGGAGGCAAAUCCAUUUGUUACGGAGAUAACGGCGGCCCUUUGACGAUCUUGGAAACUGAUGGAAAACCAACUCUUAUAGGAAUUGCCUCUCACGUUGGCUUUGCUGGUUGCGCGUCUGGUUACCCACAAGUCUUCACCAGAGUCACCUAUUUCAUGCAAUGGAUCGCCAGCAACGCUGGUGUAACCCUGAGGCCUUAAUAAAUUCGAUGACUAGAAAAUUGCAAUUAAAUUUUUGGUUUUUGCGUGAAAAUAAAUUUAAAAACAGCAUCUUUUA